AUGGUUCCCAAAUCUAUUUCACCAGGCAUCUGCCCAGGAUUCAUCUUGCUUCUGCUCGGUUCUUACGCCGAUGCACAACGGAACAGGGACAUCCGACCUGCUGCUGCGAAUGUACCAGCAGAGUCGGCCGCCGGGGUCGAACUGUUCAGCAAUGAAGCUAUUCAGCUGACGGAACCAGUUCUUGCGGAAUUGGAGGAUCACGACGAUCUCGCCCAAUAUGCACCUCUGUUUGCAUUUGGCAACGGCACCAGUAACGAAGAGUCUCCUGAACGCGCUGACGGGUGUAAGACGUACCCUGGCGACCCCUCAUGGCCAUCCGCAGAUUUGUGGGAGGUUUACAACGAUUUGUUGGGAAAUGCACUCUCUCCGAUUGUUCCAUUAGCUUCUCCUUGCUACGUGGAUUCCACAUAUGAUAACUAUGAUGCAUCACUGUGUGCCUACGAGGACCCCGGCUCGGUGAUGUUUCCAUUAUAUGAGGGCAAGACCUGCCUUGCUGGUACUGACCCAGUUUUACUGGCCAACUGCACCCAGGGCGGCUACUCCCUGUACUCUGUCAAUGUCAGCAAUGUGGCCCAGAUUCAACUGUCGGUGAACUUUGCCCGUUCCGAGAACCUGCGCCUCUUGGUGAAGAACACCGGGCAUGAUUACAAUGGCCGGUCUACUGGGUUUGGUGCACUCAGCCUCUGGACGCACAACCUCAAGGACAUACGAUUCAUCCCAAACUAUGAGACUCGGGACUACGCUGGACCUGCUUUCAAGGCCGGCGCGGGAGUUCAAGGCUUCGAGCUUUACCAAGCCGCAGACGCGCACGGUGUUACAACCGUUUCCGGGAUUUGUCCAACCGUGGGUGUAGUCGGAGGUUAUAUUCAAGGUGGAGGCCACUCGCCCGUCAUGCAAUUGUUCGGCAUGGGAGCAGACCAAGCCCUCGCUCUUGAAGUCGUUACAGCUGCGGGUGAAUUCGUCACAGCUACACCAUACAUAAAUUCUGACCUCUACUGGGCAUUGCUCGGCGGCGGUGGCGGCACCUUUGGCAUUGUCACAUCCGCGAUUCUCAAAGCGCAUCCCCAGGUACCCGUGACAACCUCAACCUUCAGCUUUGCAACCUCGAACAACGUGUCCGUGGAAAGCUUCUGGAAGGGAUUUGCAGCAUACUGGAACCAGAUGCCAGUCUACAACGCUGCCAAGACGUACUCAUACUGGUCGAUCGCCAACGCAAACGGCAGCUACGUCUUCACAAUGAGGCCGUUCUUCGCAACCAACAAGACCGUCGAAGAGUACGAAGCCCUCGUCGGCCCACUCUUCAAAUCCCUUUCAGAGUUGGGAAUCCCGCAUGAGGUCACCACAGAACAUUUCGACAGCUUCUACCCAGCAUAUCAAGCCACAUUCGGGUCGUAUGCCCAGAACAUUGGCAGCUACAAUGGUAUCCCCGGUAACAGGCUGGUCCCCGCGGAAAACUGGGACAACGAAACCAUCCGAGAGAGCACCUUGCGAGCGUUGAAAGACACAGUGGAUCGAGCACGGAUUCUCCUCGGCUACCACCAAGCUCCCCUGACCCAGAGUGAGAACGUCAACUCAGUCAAUCCUGCGUUUCGGGCCGAAGCUAGUCAACUCAUCAUUGUGACGGGAAUCGGCGGGGGUGCUACUCCGGAGGAGAUCAAGCUUGCUGGCGAGAAUCUGACGCACGCUAUCAUGGGGCCCCUGAAAGAUGCGACUCCUGCUGGGGGUGCGUAUAACAACGAGGCCGACGUGGGUGAGCAGAAUUGGCAGCAUUCUUUCUGGGGCGAACAUUAUCCGCGUCUGCUGGAAAUCAAGAAGAAAUGGGAUCCCACGAAUUUGUUCUAUGUGCAUCAUGGUACCACACCUACGAAGAGCGAGUCCCGCUCGUUGAGCAAAAGGUGUGGCCAUCCCUGCCAAUUUUGGACGGACAUCGGCUUGUCCGAGAACCGCCGCGAGACCUUCCCACCACACCACGAGACUGUCUUCGAGAUGGGCUCCGAGGUCGAGGACUUUGGAGAGGCCUUGGAGCAGCUCGUGUCUGAGUUCUUCACCACCAAGGCCACCUAUGAUUCCCUCGAGAGCGGGUGGAGGUGCGAUGCUCACGAUGUCUGUAAGCGUGUGCUGCAGCCUCACGAGUGCCGCGAAUUCGCGCUUCGGGAAGAGCUGCGGGAUAUCCAGGACAGGCUUGUGACGAUGGAGAGCGAGAUCUCGGCACUUGAAGUCAAGUUUGCUGUUAGGCGUCUCCGGUUUGAUGCAACCGCAUUCGGAUACACCGGGAGUUGCGACAUCAGCAACUUGUCACUCAAGCUCUAG